UAAUAAACACGUGGCAGGUAAACGGAAAUGGAUUGUUCUAGCAAGCACGGCGGUUAGUUUUUUCCGACUCUUCCGGCACAAGACAGAACAACAACCCUUCUCGAUCAAGGCUCAACAAUGGCUUCCUACGGUUACGGCGGUAGAGAAUCUUUCUCCCCUUCAGCUCCGCCCUUACCCGCCGCCACUGACGAGCCCCAGCUUUCUCACCCAUAUCAUCCCGCACCUUCUACCUCGUCCCUCCACCCCCCGACAAAUUCCUCCGUUCCCAGCUAUGCUCCGACAACUUAUUCCGUUCCCAGCUAUGCUCCUCCUCCUCCUUCGUCUCAGCCUCAUCUUCAAAGUAGCAGCAGUUAUGGACCGAGUCCAUCGUAUGGGUACGACUCGCAUAUUGCUUUUCCUCCGGGCACUCAUCCGGAUGUCAUACGGAGCUUCCAAAUGGUGGAUUCGGACCGUAGCGGUUUCGUUGAAGACAAGGAGCUCCAACAGGCCCUCGCUUCGGGUUACCAAAAGUUCAGUCUCAGGACAGUCCGUUUGCUAAUCUUUCUCUUUAAGAACCCAAAUGAAUCUUCUCUCAGAACUGGGCCCAAGGAGUUUGCAGCUCUGUGGAGUUAUCUGGGGCAAUGGAGGGAAACCUUUGAGAGGUUCGACAGAGAUAGGAGUGGGAGAAUUGAUGGAAGAGAACUAAGAGAUGCUCUCUACAGUCUUGGGUAUUUGGUGCCUCCUCCUGUCCUUCAACUUCUGGUUUCCAAAUACGAUGGCGACAGUGCUGGGCUGGACUUUGAUAGUUUUGUUGAAUGUGGGAUGAUUUUUAAGGGUUUGACAGAGAAGUUUAAAGAGAAGGAUGUGGGGUAUACAGGAUCUGCUAAGUUGAGUUAUGAUGAGUUCCUGUCAAUGGUCAUCCCUUUUCUCGUGUCAUACUAGGAACAGAAGGACGAGGACUGAAGUAACCACACUCUCAAGGAAAGGUUAAGGCUAGAGUCCUACUACCUGCACCUUUGCCUAGGGUGACUGAUCAAGGAGGAAGACGUGGUUCGUGCUUCCAUUCAUCUUCAAAACUGAUAAACUGCUCAUGGAUAUUUUUAACAAUGUUUUCUAUUAAAACAUUUGGGGGCCUGCGUGCCCGUAUUUGCCACGUGUGGCUCAGCAUCAAACAUAUCUUAUUUUCCGCAUUUGUUUGACUAAUAUAUAUUGAUGUUGAUUGUAUGGGUUUACUAAUCGGCUUGGCAAUAGAACUCAACGGACGCCUUGUAUGAUUUGAUAAGGAUGAACUACGUUGUUCUUAUUGGGUUGUACGGCGGUUGUCUACGUGGCACGGAUGCGGUCCGGGGCGUGACAAUUAAAUGGUAUCAGAGCCAUCGAUUUCUAAACUAUAUAAUUAACCUCUCAAUAUAGUAUCAUCAAAAAAAGUUUUGAACAAAACCAUGAGCAAAAGUUUUUGUACUUAAGGAACCGUUGGAAACCAAGUUAUUGACCUCUUAUUGUUAAGACGGUACCCUUAACAGUUUGUUGGCCAUAACGUUGGACCAAGUGGUGUCUUUUGUACUAUUCCGUCAAUUGACA